AUGUCAGGCGAGACCAAGAGCCUAAGCGGUAUGCAGCGGCGCGCGGCCGGCAAUCGCGCGCACAACCGCAUGGUGCUGCAGAAGCUGGUGGCGUUCUCGAUCUUGAUGGUCGUGGUGCCCAUAUCCACGUUCUACGGCGUGCGCAGCUUGUUCACGCCAGGUAGGCAGCGGAGGAGAGGGCUGCGGAUGCCAGGCAGUCAGUACGCGGAUGCGUGGAGUGGAUUUACGGCAGUGCUGGCAGUGAAUAUCGUGAUUGGACUCUACAUUUUGUCAGCGUGGAAGGAGGACGACGGCAAGGAGGUGGCGCCGCCGGUGGGGCGAUUCGCCAAGGCAAAGGAGCAAUAG